AUGGGCAAUUACUCUCAGGCGCUUGAGUAUCUUCAGAAAGCGCAUUCGAUUGAAACAGAAUCGCUUCCACCAAAUCAUCCCAAUUUGGCUGGCUCCUAUGGUAAUAUUGGUCUGGUGCAUCGUGAGAUGGGCAAUUACUCUCAGGCGCUUGAGUAUCAUGAGAAAGCGGUUUCCAUUCAAACCCAAUCACUUCCACCAAAUCAUCCUCAUUUGGCUCUAUCCUAUGGCAACAUUAGUGUGGUGCAUCGUGAGAUGAGCAAUUACUCUCAGGCGCUUGAGUAUCAUGAGAAAGCGGUUUCCAUUCAAACCCAAUCACUUCCACCAAAUCAUUCUAAUUUGGCUCUGUCCUAUGCCAAGAUUGGUGUAGUGCAUCGUGAGAUCGGCAAUUACUCUCAGGCGCUUGAGUAUCAUGAGAAAGCGCUUUCGAUUCAAACAGCAUCACUUCUACCAAAUCAUCCUAGUUUGGCUGCAUCCUACACUAACAUUGGUGUGGGGCAUCGUCAGAUGGGCAAUUACUCUCAGGCACUUGAGUAUCAUGAGAAAGCGCUUUCCAUUCGAACAGAAUCACUUCCACCAAAUCAUCCUAGUUUGGCUGCAUCCUACACUAACAUUGGUGUGGGGCAUCGUCAGACGGGUAAUUUCUCUCAGGCACGCUAUUAUUACAGAAAGGGGCUUGAAAUUUGGGCGGCUAUUCUCCCCCUCGUGGAUUCAAGAAUUGUAUGGAUUUGGGAAAAAUUAGGCUAUUUGUAUAUGAAGCAGGGAAAACAUGGACGCGUGCUUGCAUUUUGCCCAGCUACUUCGAUACCUAUGGAAAAAUGGCGCUGUCAUGGGAGACGUUCGGAAUGA